AUGCGGUCUGUGAUGCAUAGUGCAACCACCUCAGCUCCGGAUAUAUUCCGAGUGAUCGAGGAGUCGAGGCGAACUCCUUUUUCCGACCAAAUAGCCCGAGUCCGCAUCAAGGACACUGGCAAAAUUAAGUUCUCGAGCUACGAAGGAAAAGGAGAUCCGACCAAUCACCUCAAGACUUUCUUGCUGACAGCUAGCCGGGUGGACCUCGAGCCCCAUGAAGCAGACGCUGGGUACUGCAAGCUGUUCGCAGAAACAUUUAGUGGACCGGUACUGCUUUGGUUCGCAUCCUUAGCAGCUGGCUCCAUAACAAACUUUAACGAGCUGUCGACCUCGUUCGUCAAGCAGUAUUCUAGCCUAAUCGAAACUGCGGUGACGGAUGCUCAGCUUUGGAACUUAAGCCAAAAGGCUGGAGAGUCCCUUCGGUCUUACAUAACAAAGUUCAAGGAGAUCCAGGUCAAAAUGCCCGGACUCUCGGACUUUACAGCCCUGGCCGCGCUUAAGAACGGCCUCUGGCACGAAUCUCGCUUCCGCGAAGACUUGUCCGUGAAUCGUUUCCCAACUAUUCAGGACGCAUUACACCGGGCUUCGAACUGGAUAGUCGCAGAAGAAGACAAACUCGCCGCUGCGCAAAAACAAAACGCCCCGCCUGCAGGGAAACCGCGCUUCGAAGCACCUGCCAAAAAGACUCCGCCUACAACUCCGAAGUCCGGGCCGAGCACUUUCGCAGUCACUCAAUCUCCCAAGAAGAAUUCUCCAAAGAAUUCACCGUCCAAACCACCAUUUUCACCGCGCUCCAAGAGCGGCGUACUCCCGAGUAACAAAUGGGUCCAAGAUGAGGACACGUACUGCGAGCUCCAUAAAACCAACAGUCAUUCUACUCGUGACUGUAAGAAGCUGAUGCAUCUCCUCGCAGAAAAGUAUGUGGCGGGAGAAAUGCCGAAUGUUACAAUUGAAGAAUUGGAGCAAAAAGCGAUUCCCGAAGUGGACGAGGACGCUCCACCUUCAAAGAAACCAAAGCAGUCCGAUGGAAGUGAAGCUCCCAAGAAAAGAAUCGACGUGAUAAUGGGAGGAUCGCGUCUGUUUCGGAACUCCAUCACUGCGAUCAAAGACCAUCAGCGGAAGCUCACUAGCCCCCAGCCGAAGCGAGCUAAGUUGAUAGCCAGUGAUCUACCUGAAAUUUCUUUCUCCGAGAAGGAAACUGAGGGGUUGGACACUCCGCACGAUGACGCGCUCGUCAUCUCGCUUGAUGUAGCGAACCACGAAGUCUGCCGAAUCCUAAUUGAUACUGGGAGUUCGGUAGACUUGAUUUUCCUUGAGACGCUCACCAGAAUGGGUAUCGGGAAAGAGCACAUCGCAGGACCGCCCUCACCCCUGGUCUCGUUCACUAGCGAGACGUCGAUGUCUUUGGGCACGAUCACAUUACCAGUGUCCACUCAAGGAGUGGUUAAAAUGGUGGAGUUCACGAUGAAGGCGGUGGCCUCGACGUACCAUCAGUGCGUCAAAUUCCCGACCCCACAAGGAGUCCGGGAGAAACCACAGCUCGAGGUACCGAAAAAUCCAGUUCGGAAGCAGCUAAAAGGUGACCUCACUGAGUCCAUUUUCAUCAAUGGCAAGUUCCCGGAUCAAGAAAUCAAGAUUGGAGUGGGAUUGGAGAGCGAGCUCCGUGCCGUCCUGAUAACCUUCCUGAAAGAAAGAAUGGCCACCUUCGCGUGGUCCGUAGACGAGAUGCCCUGCAUCAGUCCAGAAGUUAUUUCCCACGAGCUGAAUGUGGACCCUACGUUCCGACCUGUAAAGCAGAAGCGAAGGAAGCUGGGUCCUGAGCGAGCUGAAAUCGUUAACAAAGAGGUUGAACGUUUGCUGAAGGCGGGACAGAUACGCGAAGUAAAAUACCCUGAGUGGCUCGCAAAUACAGUCGUUGUCAAAAAGAAGAACGGAAAGUCGCGAGUCUGCGUUGAUUUCACCGACCUGAAUAAGGCGUGCCCCAAAGACAGCUUUCCACUUCCGCAUAUCGACCGGUUAGUUGAGUCCACUUCGGGUCACGAGCUGAUGUCCUUCAUGGACGCAUUCUCUGGCUACAACCAAAUCCUAAUGAACCCGGACGACCAGGAGAAGACUGCAUUCAUUACGGACCGCGGGAUCUAUUGCUACAAGGUGAUGCCUUUUGGGCUAAAAAAUGCGGGAGCAACCUACCAAAGACUGGUGAACCGAAUGUUCGAGCAUCAACUCGGAAAAACCAUGGAAGUUUACAUCGAUGACAUGCUGGUGAAAUCGAUGGAAGCCAGUUCGCAUCUCGCCGAUCUGAAAGUCUGCUUCGACGUCCUGGAUCAGUUCGGGAUGAAGCUCAACCCCACGAAGUGCACCUUCGCAGUUCCAUCAGGAGAAUUUCUGGGGUAUAUCGUCACAGAAAGAGGAAUUGAAGCGAACCCGAGGAGAAUUUCUGGGGUAUAUCAUCACAGAAAGAGGAAUUGA